AGUGUGUGAGCAUGUUUCCCCAUGCCCUCCUCUUAAAACCUCAUGUGUCACUGAGGAAAUUAUAGACACUGGAGUAACACUUUAGCCUAGAUCCAUGUUCUAUACUUUUUUUUUUUUUAUCUAGCACUUGUCUAUGCGCAUGUUCAAAAGGACAAAUUAAAUUCACAGAUCAGUGCUUUGGAGUAAUACUGGUUGGAGUAAACUUCCGAGAUAGGACCAAAACUUUGAGUCUCGCACACUCAGCAUCAUGCCGGCUGGGUUUCAGCAGUUGGGAGGGGAGAGCAUAACUGGAACCCUUGCACUGUCAGUGUUCACUGCUGUACUGGGUUCCUUUCAGUUUGGCUACAACAUUGGAGUCAUCAACGCUCCACAGAAGAUAAUUGAGCAGGACUAUAACUCAACAUGGAGGGAAAGAUACUCAGAACCAAUCCCUCCACAAACUCUGACAUCUCUGUGGUCACUCUCUGUGGCCAUCUUCUCCAUCGGGGGCAUGCUUUCAUCCUUCUCUGUGGGAAUCAUCUCAGAGUUCCUUGGCAGGAGGAAAGCAAUGCUUAUCAGUAAUGUCCUUGCAUUUAUUGGUGGCGGCCUGAUGGGAAUGUCCAAAAUCAGCAGGUCAUUUGAAAUGAUGAUUUUAGGACGCUUUACCAUUGGAGCAUAUUGUGGGUUGGCUUCAGGAUUGGUGCCCAUGUAUGUUGGUGAGAUCGCCCCUACCACUCUAAGAGGAGCUCUGGGCACUCUGCACCAGCUGGCCAUAGUCACUGGCAUUCUUAUGGCCCAGAUCUUAGGACUCGAGUCCCUGUUGGGCAGUGAGCAGCUAUGGCCGGUACUGCUGGGUGUUACCGUACUCCCUACAGUCCUGCAGAUGACGCUAUUGCCUUUCUGUCCUGAGAGCCCACGGUUCCUUUAUAUCAUACGCUGCCAAGAGCACCAUGCAAAGAGCGCUUUGCGGCGUCUGACUGGCCGUCUGGAGGUCAGUGAAUACUUGGCUGAAAUGAAGGAGGAAAAGAGGAAGAUGGACAUGGAGAGAAAAGCAUCCAUUACUGAGCUCUUUCGCUCUCCUCUGUACCAGCAGCCCAUUAUCAUCUCUAUCCUGCUGCAGCUCUCUCAGCAGCUGUCCGGAAUUAAUGCUAUCUUUUAUUAUUCAACUGAUAUCUUCAAAAAGGCUGGGGUAGAAAGUCCGGUGUAUGCUACCAUAGGUGCUGGAGUUGUCAACUGUGCUUUUACUAUAGUCUCGCUCUUCCUGGUCGAGCGUAUGGGCCGUCGGACACUCUUCAUGCUUGGACUUGCUGGAAUGUGUAUCUGUGCCAUCAUCAUGACAACUUCCCUCACAUUACUGGAGACUGUACCAUCAAUGAGCUAUCUUAGCAUGAUGGCCAUUUUUGGUUUUGUUGCCUUUUUCGAAGUAGGGCCAGGACCUAUCCCUUGGUUCUUUGUGGCUGAACUCUUCUCACAAGGUCCCAGACCAGCAGCCAUGGCAGUAGCAGGGUGCUCCAACUGGACAGCCAACUUCCUCAUUGGAAUGGGCUUCCAGUAUGCCGCUAACCUGUGUGGUCCAUACGUUUUCCUCAUUUUUGCUCUGCUCCUCCUUCUCUCUCUGGUUUUCACAUUCUUCCGAGUUCCUGAAACACGAGGCAAAACUUUUGACCAGAUCUCAGCCACCUUCAACCAUCAUCCACAAAACAUGAUGGACAUGGAUCAGGGGAUGCACAGUACAGAACUGGACUACCUAGGUUCUGAAGGGACAGAGAACUGAGGCUUGAGAGCAAGAGAGAUGGUGAGGGGGGGGGGACAGAAUGACCGCAACUGACCCUUCUUUGAGGCUUGGAGAGGAUAAUGGGAUGCAUACCAAAAAAGAACAUUACUACUCAGAAGAAGUGUAAGGCAUUUGGUAUUUGGAUAUAAAAGGUAUUAUAAAGACAGGAUGUUGGACAUUGGAAGAGAGAGCAAGUUUGACUUCCAAAGAUAAUUCUUUUUAAGAGUUUUUGCACCAAGCUAAAAUUUCAUCAGCACAUUUUUAAUGCUUCUACUGUGGUCAUACACCCUCUUUGACCCACAUCACAAAAACAAGUUAUUUCAAGCAAAACCUUCAACAUUCUUACAAAUCAGUUUUAAAAACUGCAUCAUUACAUUUAAACAACCAAAUUUCUAUUCACUAGAACUGUUUGUAUAGAACUGAAUGAAUAAAACAAAAAUGUGGUAUGCUAUUUGAGUGAAAUAGAAAAACCUAGACUCCUUAUAAGUUGAAUUCUGUUGUCACCGUAGGUCUCAUUUUGAGGCAUAAGCUAAAUGUAACUUUUUGACAACUUUCCAUGGUUGAAUAAAAACUUGUUCUCCGACAA